AUGAGCGCUUUUCAGUCGCAUGUCAGAGGCAAAAUGCUUCGGUUGUGUGUUUUCGGACUCCUUUGCACCAUCCUGCUUGCAGGAGGUGCCACCGGCAACCAAGUCAGCAUAGCUACAAGGGAACUAAAUGAAGGAGAUAGUUUCACAUUAUCUGUUGUAACCAUAUUACAUAAACUGAAUAAAUGCAUACUUAUGCCACCACACAAUGGCAGCGUAACUUUCACACCUCGUGACACUAGUCAGAAAUUCGAUAAAUUUGAGGUACUGAAUGGAAAUAUAAUGAUCGCAUGUGAGGUCAGAGUUCUUAAUGUAGAUAAAGAAGAUGAAGGAGUGUGGGUGCUGACUUAUGACCACGAUGGCGAUGAUAAGGCUGAAACAGACACUGCACAAGUGGUUCUGAUUACCGCUGAGCCCGAAAAAGAAGAAGAGGAUGAAAACAUCCACUUUCUUAGCAAGAUCAACCAUUUUACAAGAGAGGGAUUAGUAAUAGAUGUGUCUUUAGAUAACACAGUAUCAGACGAAGAAUGCUACAUUCGGCCUCCAGGAGGUAGUCUCGUGAAGUCUGAAUCCUUCCAAAUGGAAAAUGUUACAGUGCAGAAAAAGAGCAAUUUUGUUUCCUGUAGAAUCUCCAUCGGACCAAUGACGCAAAACUUGUUAGGCGAAUGGAGUCUCUGCGGCAAACCUGCUGGGAAAGAUGAAAUGCGAUGCCAGCAAGCCGAAAUAGUUUGGAAUAACAAUAACAGGCCAGCUACUCAUUGGGAUCAGACCAUACAAAAUAGGUUCAGUCAUCCAGUUCACUUUGGAGGAAGCGUAAACCCCGGUGUAGCAGGACGAAUUGAUGUUCUCUCCUGUCACGUCAUAACUCCUGAGGGCGAAGACCUGGUUAUAACUAAUGAUGUAAAGUACCCCCACAUAGAAAGUAUUGCUCUCAGUGCUGGUCUUUGUAGCAUUAAUUUCACUGAUAUAGAUAGAUCAACCUUAGGCGAUUGGACUAUCUAUGGAAAAUUCCGUGGAUGGGUUGGCGGAAUAGAAGAGAUUAUCUUGCCAUUGACCUUUUUCCUUUACAAUGAAGCAGACCCUUACGCACAGGCGUACAAUGUGACCGUACUCCCAGAGGAAACACAUCUCGUUAUUAUGGGAACUGCUCUAAAUGUCGAUGUAACAGACUCCGGGAAUGUGGAUAAUUGUUGGUACCAAACCCCUUCAGGGCAAACAUACGAUUUGCAAGACAACCCUCCCCCGAAUGAACUAGCGUUAAAGAGUCUGAGUGAUGCUACUGGCUGUAGAGCAGCUUUUGAUCCAAUCACUGAGGACGUUGUGGGCGAAUGGCGGAUAAUUGGAAAAUUCAGUAAUGGAAAUCAGUUUACUGAGAGACAAUUGACGUUCCAUGUCAUCAAGGAAGAUCCUGCAAAUCCCAUUAUCGAUGAAUUCAGAGAUAUUGAAUAUUUGGCCGAAGUCAUCGUUGAUACGGACAUGGGAUCAACUAAUACAAUAACUAUUCCAACGGCUUCAUUUGUGGUGACUGAGAGUUGUCACAUAUUGACCCCCAGUGGCCUGCAAUACGCCUUCAUACCUGGAUAUAAUAUACCUAACGUAGAAUUCAUUCAAGGAAGUGGUAUUGCAUGCGGAGUUAUGAUCAAUGUAACAUGUGUAGACCUGCUCGGUGAAUGGACUCUAAUUUCUAGGGCAGCUAGAUAUUCUACACCUAUCGAAAGACGCCGGCCAUUCUCUAUCCGUAUCGAAGAAACAUUGUCUCUUGGGAAUGCAAUAAACAUUACUGAAGGUAAUGACCUGUAUCUGAGUUUACCUAAUGCUACAUCAAUGUAUGACACUUGCAAACUGUAUGGACCGAAUAACGAAGAAGUGACAGAGUUGGAAGUUGAUACAUUCAAUCGUGAUUCCUGCGGUUACGUCAUCAGAAGCGUAAAUAACACUCACACGGGAACUUGGGCUAUUGUGUAUGGCAAUCAAAUUACAUACAGGGCGACUGUUGUAGUUAACGUCUUAGAAUUCAUUAACAUAACACUGGAUAAUUUGUCGUGGGACAUUGGAAGUUCCGUCGAUAUAACCGUUGGUCCUGAAGAUGCAGUGUACUGCAGAGUUAGAGAUAACAAAUACCAAAUAGUUUCCGAAGGAUUUGGUCCAUGUAGAAUAGUCGUGGAUAGAGCAACUAUGGAUCACAAAGGACAGUGGAGUGCGUCUAUCGGUAUAGCUGGUACAGUUGUACUAGAAUACAUUAGCUUCAACGUCGACGUCAGAGGAGACGGCGCAGGACCAGUGGUUACAACAGGCGUGGCUUGGAACGGUGACUCAGUGACAUUGACGUGCUCCGUGCCAGCUGGGUACGAGGUCAGCGCCUGCAAGUUCCGCGACCCUAAUCACGAUACUAUGGUAGCAAGCCAUGGGGUCAGCCAGGGCGGAUAUAUCGGGUCCAUCAGAGGCUAUGAAAUCGAUGCUGAGAGCAAUUCCUGCAGUCUUCGAAUCAUGACCAUGACUCAUUGGCAAGAGGGAUCUUGGCGGUGUGCCGUGAACACUACGCAGGGAGUGUCACACGGUUUCCUUCGCGUGUAUGCAGCGACAGUGGCUGGCCAAACUGAGGGAUACUACCAACAUGAGCCCGUGCUGCGUAGUACAGAUGUGUUCGCGUAUGAAGGCGACGCGGUGACUAUGUCGUGUACCAUUGACGCUGCCAUUCGGUACUGCUACUUCAGAGCCUCGAACGGCACCGUCUACAAUGUUGGCCCAUCUAUAUUGUCGCCUCACUACGAGUACGUAGGCAGCGGUUUAGAUGCAGGAGACUGCGGCAUCAGGUUCAAUGACCUGAUGAAGUCUGAUGAAGGAUACUGGAGCUGCCAUGUUGGAUUGGAAGACAACAUUUAUGCGGAGGAACAGAGGAGUCGCUUUUCUUUGCAUUUUGAUGAACUGAUUUGGACGCAUCAGAUGUGGGACCGCGACACAAUCACAGUGCAAAUGUCAAUAGCCGCCAUUGCCGGAACUAGUGAGCUGGACUACUGCAGAUUUGUGCGCAUCGACGGACUUGGCUUCACAUCACACAACGCGCCGCUAGGAUACAGAGUGGAGACAGAUCGCAUGCGCCAUGGGCAGUGUGUGCUGCAGGUGGAGACGCCAGGCAUGCUGGACCUGCACCCCUGGGUGAUAGCAGCUCGCCUGUCAGGCCGCAGUGAUGAGAUUUCAAGAACCACCAACCUUGACCUACUCGUGCCGCCCGUUAUUGGCAUGCACAUGGCUUCAGCAGUACUCCUGUGGCUGUUCUUCGCAAUCCUGUGCUUGCUGCUGAUUUUGGCUGCUGUCUCCCUCAUCCCCAAGAACAACCGCAAGUGGACUUACGAGAGAGCCGCCCAUAUCAGGGACAGCUUCAGGAGAAGACCAGCUCCUACCCAGCAGACUAUUGCAAGCCAGCCCAACCAGAUCAUCAUUGGCUUGCCUCCAAAAGUUUGAAGUCUGAGAAGAAACUUUUAAUUGAAGAGCAAACGAUCAGCUCAGUGAUAAAAUGGCGCCUUACAUUUUUAAGUAGCAUGAGGAUUUCCUUAGAAACUCCGAAGAAAAAAAAAGUAAUGAUAUAGAUAGUUCGCAUUUAUACUAUACAUAUAUUUCAAAAAAAUAAGAUUUUUAUUUAUUAAAAAGGCUAGUGAUGUAAUUUAAAUUAUUGGUUCGUUUGAAGUCAAAUGCUGCAAACGCUUUGGGUCUAUACGAAACCUACUACGAAUGUUCUUUUCUAUUUUGCUAAAUAAACAAAAGUUUUAAUUUAUACUUA